AUGCAUUGGGGGCUGAUUAAAUCUCGAGCUGUUAUUGCUGUUGCUGUUGACAUUGUUGUCGGUAUUGAUUUUGAGGUUAUUGAUGUUGAUGAUAAUGAUGAUGAUAAUGGUGAUGAUGAUGAUGUUGAUGUUGUUGUUGUUGUCAAGAAUGGAAAUGGAAAUGGAAAUAGAAAUGUUCACUGGCGCUGGUCAUCGAUACCUACCUACCUGUCGCACAGACACUUUAGCUGGGAGUACGGUAGGUUGUAUGAUCGCACGGUACUUUGA